ACAUGAACAUGCACAUACUCAUUGUCCUAUUCUUUUUCACUGUGAGCUACCACAAAAAAAAACCAACUAAAAAUAGAUGUAGAUUAGUAUAUGAAGACACCUAACUAGCUUUUUGGCAGAGCAUGGUGGUUCAAUGCAUUGUUUCUAACUUCCCAGUGGGUUUCAGUCCUUGUUCUGCACUAAGCAGCAGAUAUUGAGAAAUCCUUACCCUCCUUGUUUGUAUAUUAACCUCUGUAUAGUUAAAGACAUGGAAGUGCCUACCUCAAAGAUUUGUGGAGAAUGAAGAGGGGAUCACAUGGAGUGCCUUCAGUGAUUAUGUUUACAUACAGCUGCUCUUUAUAUGUUAUACAUUCAACCCUUGGAAAGCUGCUAGUAACAGAAAAACAUGAAGUAAAAUUUUUUAAGUGAGAACUAAUGGUAAGUGGGGACGAUUGGAUUCAGCCGACAUGAUACGUGUAGCUCACACCUCAUGUUCCCGUGCAGGACGGUGUGACUCACAGUAUCAGUGACUGAUGUCUGAGAGGAUGGACAGCAGGGAUGUGACAACAGACGUGAUCAGCAUGAUCAUCUUAACACAGGCCGUGGUUGGCACCCUGGGGAAUUUCUCACUUCUUUGCCAUUAUACCAUCCUGUACAUCACUGGCUACAGGUUAAGGUCCACAGAUUUGAUAAUUAAGCACCUGAUUGUAGCCAACUUCCUUGUCCUCCUCUGUAAAGGCGUCCCCCACACAAUGGCAGCGUUUGGGUGGAAACAAUUCCCCAGUGAUGCUGAAUGCAAACUAUUUAUGUAUCUUCACAGAGUGGGGAGGGGAGUGUCCAUUGCUAGCAUCUGCCUCUUGAGUGUCUUUCAGGUGAUUGUGGUCAAUCCCACGAAGUCCAGGUGGGCAGAGCUUAAAGUAAAAGCUCCCAGGUACAUUGGUCCCUCUAUUUCCCUGUGUUGGAUCCUGCAAAUGUUGGUAAACAUCAAUUUCCUUAUCUUUAUACGUGGCAAAGGGAGCGACAAAAACAUCACAGACUACAAGGAUUUCGGAUACUAUUUUUCCAUUCGUCAUGACAAAACGAAAGAUGUGUUAUUUGCAGUAUUGCUUUCGUUCCCUGAUGUUUCAUGUUUGGGGCUCAUGCUCUGGGCCAGCGGCUCCAUGGUUUUCAUCCUGCACAGGCAUAAGAAGAGGGUGCAACACAUUCAUAGGACCAGCACCUCCACCGGAUCCUCCCCUGAGUCCAAAGCUACUAAAACAAUUCUUCUUCUGGUGAGCACCUUUGUCUACUUCUACACUCUUUCCUCUAUCUUUCAAGUUGUAUUGGCGCUUUUGGAUAAUCUCAGCUGGUUCCUUGUGAGCGGCACUGCCAGCAUUGCUGCAUGCUUCCCAACUGUCAGCCCCUUUCUGCUCAUGAGCCGUGAUUCCAGUGUACACAGCCUCUAUUUUGCCUGGAUAAGGAAUGCAAAAUCUCCUACUUCUAUGAGAAACAUGUAAACUUCAUUUAUUUCCAUAAUGUAGCAUUGUCAAAUAAUUAAUUACUUCAUUCACCCUGAGAAUCUUAAUUAAACUUUUGAAUCUGAAGAAAAUAGUAUACUGGAAAUGCUGAGCAUCUUCCUGA